UGUUCAAACAUUUGAAGAUGGAUAUGAAGGCGUUAACGUUUCGACCUAGCCUGUCCCAACCCUACUCCGAUGUUGAUCAUUCCAGGGCGACACUAAAAACUAUGUAUAAUCUCUGGCAAGAGGGGAUAUACUGCGACAUCACAGUCAUUGUUGAAGGACAGAGUCUCAAAACACACAAACUUGUGCUGAGUUCCCUGUCAGAAUACUUCAAGACUUACCUUCAAAGGGAUGCGAAGGAUAAGGCUGAAGUGGAGUUGGAUAAUACUGAUUUUGAAAGCCUGCAAUCACUGAUACACUAUGCCUAUACUGGAGAGGUCACAAUCACAGAUAGGAACGUCCAAAACCUGUUUAUCUUUGCUGAUUACACCCAGGUACUGUUUGUAAGGGAGGCGUGUGAGAAGUUUAUGAUUCAAAAUGUGGAAAAGGAAAACUGCAGUGCUAUUUUACAAUUUGCUGAUUGUUACUCCAUGAACGAAUUGAAAAAGGCAUGUUUACCAGUAGUAGGACGGAACCUGAAAUAUGUUAGCCAGUUGGACGGGUUUGCAGACAUACCAUACACUAUAUUGCUGGACAUUCUGCGUGAUGAUCACUUGGUUGUAUUCCACAACAAACUUCCUAUGUGCCAUUCUGAAAACGAGCUGGCCAUUUUCAAGGCCGCUCUUCAGUACAUCUCGGGACAGAGGGAUUCAAAGCCUAACAGAGAGGAAAGUCACGAGCUUGUAAAAGCCUCUCGAUUGUCAGAAGAUGAUGUCUCGCCUGAGUUGUUGCUCGAAUUAGCAGAACCUCACAAACUUCUUUUACCCGAAGAUUACAACCCAAUGGCUAUCGCAUCUACGGCAAGGGGCAGAAGUAGGACCGACAUAUGUUCGCAUAUCAUAUCUGACCAUCGAGCGUUUGCUGCUGGCGGCGAGGUGAAUGUGGUCGUUCGGCAGUUUGAUGGGAAAGGAAUGAACGAACACUACGAUACCAGACGACUGUCAAAGAUCAGCGUCGUCACCAGAGACUGGGACGAUUGGAAAAUUGUUGGUGGCCUACAUGUCUAUGACGGAAAAUGGAAUUUCAACGGCUUGAGAGAGAGUGAAGGCUGUAGCUGUAACAUAGCAGAGUUGGAAAGUUCAGAGGUCAUUGUCAAGGUGACCGUAAGAUAUGGCUGGGUGAUAAAUUGCAUAUCAUUUACCACAAGCAGUGGAAGGUGCAUAGGACCGUUCGGCGGGGAUCAAGGGGGUGUUGUUGUAGAGGCCGAACCCCCGUCAGGAAGGACGGGAUUCUUACACAGCUUUUCUGGAGCUGAAGUAGACAGCCAGGGAGGUUUGGCUAUAACGAACCUGAAAACGAAUUGGACUUUGUUCGAUCAGAAUUAAAUAUUUCAGAGUAUUCAAUCACUUAUACCAGCCUGUCUUUAAAGGAAAAAGAACAUGUUUACAAGUUUCCGGAACUUAUUCUAGCGGAUUUGGAGAAUUACUGCAAUUUGCAUUUCCAUUCAUCGACGUUUUUGUCAGAGUCGUAACCCAACGAUUUAUAUAUUUUAUUUUAAAUAUAUCGUUACUCUCACCAAACACAGUAACAUAUAUUGUAGUAUUGCAGGUUUUAAUUGUAUACAUUGAUCAUGUUCGCUUUCUUGCUACGCUCAAGAGGAAAAUUCCUUGAAACUCAACUGUUAGAACGUCGGGCUGGGAAGCUAGGGGUCGUUUGUUCGGUCCCCGGUGGAAGCACAAUACUCUCUCUCUCUCUUUUUUACAAUAUUGUUAAAUAUUUUAUAUAUAUAUGUUUAUGUAUUUUUUAUAUAUAUUUUUUAUAUUUUUUAAUCAAUUAUCACAACAUAUAUAUUUGAUAAACUGUAAGUAUAUGUCAUGAUGGUGUACUGAUGCAGGACAAUCUCAAAUAUUUCUUUUAAUAUUCUACUUUUUAUUUUAUAUAUUUUUGAGGUGUUAGUUUUUCAGCUGUUUUAAUGAACCACUAGAAGUUUGUACUAAACAUGAUGUUUUAAGACACACUAACUAUGGAUUCCGUUCGUGUUUUUGUUUUUGUUGUUUUUUUUGUUUUCUUUUUCUUUUUCUUUCAAAUUUUCGCAAGGCUUUUGAUUUUGUUUGAUUAUGUUCCAACUGUUCACUAACAAUGUCGGAUCGAUUUAUUGGGCAAGUUUGAUCAGCCUAGCUUUUUCAUUAACCAUAAAUGAUUUUUAGAAUAUUUUUUAUUAAAUACGGCUCAGCUAAUUAAGAUUGUCAUAGAGUUAAGUGUAUUUAUUUUGUAUGCUGAUUAUUUAUUUAAUCACCUUACAUUACAAAUGUCGUAACAGUAAUUUAGCUAUUAGAACUAUAUUGACGUCUUUAACACACACGUUGGGGUAUAUGAUAGUUAGUCCGCCGGUGAUACAUGUGUUGAGAUGACGAGAUGCGAAUAAAAUAUAUAAGAUUAGUAAAAAUAUCCUGUGUGUUCACAUAUCUACAGGUAGAGUAAUGGUUUACUCUGCGAUUGGAAGACUUUAUUUGGCGAACAAUCAGUUAUUUACAUGUAGAAGGUUUAAAUAUUAGUUUAAAUUGUCAAAUUUUUAUAAUUGUAUUUUAAAAGAAGCAUUUAUUAUGGAAAGAACGUAGACGGAAACCCGGAAACCUUAAUCUGUUCCUCAUUUACAUGAAGGGGUGCUCCGACAACCCUUAAAAAUCCCCAGAAUUUAAAACAGUUCAUAUUGAGGGGUGCUUCCGCACCCACAAUUGUAACUGUUUUUUGUGUCUUUGCAGUACUACAAUGUAGUAGAAAAUAUGAUAACCACCAUCAUUCUGCAGGGCCUUUAUGGACUAAUAAGAAAGAUAACAUUACGUUACUUUUUUGAACUUUUAUACAUUUUAAAUAACUUUUUAUAUUGUAUACAUAUGUUCAUAUUAACAUAAAAGGUGAAAGGUUAUUUUAGCAUAUUUACUGUCUCAUUAAUUUACUUUUCAAUUGACACCAGAAGGGUGCGAUUGAGUAUGUAUGUAUAUUUUACUAAAUGUGAAAUUUUAAAUGUUUGUAUAUGUAAUCGAUAUGUGACUUUUAAUAAA